AUUCCCCACCCCAGCAUUUUGUCAUCCCUUUGACCAGCCACCGGUCAAAGCCACAAAAAAUUUCGGAGCCGCAGCAUAUGGACCGAUAAACAAAACUAUCGCCAAGCGCUUUUGACAGUUGAUUUUUGCCUCCUCCCUCCCCCUAUAUUUCACAUGCUCCUCUUCUUUUGGACCAUUUUCUUCUCCCUCUUUUUCUCUCCAUAUCAUAAAACCAGCCGAUUUGAUUUUGUUUUAAUUCAUUCGAUUUUAUUUUUAAGAAACCCUAACAGCCACCUCCUUGUUCGUUAUCAGAAGAAAAAUAUAUAUAUAUCUUUUCAGGCCAUUGUUAGGGUUUCAUUCGUCUUCAAUUCUUCCAAAUACUUAUUAAUCUCCCACCAUUUGAUCAACAUAAUGGAUACUGCUCGUUCCGAAACAGGAUAUUUUGCUCAAACCGAAAUCAAUUGGGACAAGCUUGAUAAAACUAAGUUUUAUGUCACCGGAGCCGGGAUAUUCACCGGGCUUACGGUUGGAUUGUACCCUAUAUCCGUCGUAAAGACUCGUAUGCAGGUUACAACGAAAGAUUCUGUGGAGAAGAGUGCGUAUGCGGUUAUUAGAGGGUUAUUGAAAGCAGAAGGUAUCCCAGGGUUGUACCGAGGGUUUGGGACGGUCAUCACAGGGGCGAUUCCUGCACGAGUUAUAUUUAUGACGGCGUUGGAGACUACGAAAGUGGCGGCUUUUAAUAUUGUUGAACCGUUUAAGCUUUCUGAGCCUACGAAAGCUGCUAUUGCUAAUGGGAUUGCUGGAAUGGCUGCCUCGCUUUGCUCUCAAGGUGUCUUUGUUCCGAUUGAUGUGAUUAGUCAAAGGUUGAUGGUUCAAGGAUAUUCGGGCCACGCUAGCUAUAAUGGUGGCCUGGAUGUUGCCCGUAAAGUGCUGAAACAAGAUGGUAUCAGAGGGCUUUACAGAGGAUUUGGUCUGUCUGUCAUGACGUAUUCACCUUCUAGUGCCGUUUGGUGGGCCAGCUAUGGUUCCAGUCAACGCGUUAUAUGGAGUAUGUUAGGUCAUGGAAAUGACGGCGAUGGAUCUAUUCCUAGCCAGGGGACAAUAGUUAUGGUUCAAGGUGCUGGAGGAAUAUCUGCUGCGGCUGCAGCAUCCUUAAUUACAACUCCACUUGACACUAUAAAGACCCGACUACAGGUAAUGGAACAUGACAAGCGACCCUCUGCACGCCAAGUUAUCAAAACAUUGAUUGCAGAAGAUGGCUGGAAAGGUUUUUAUAAAGGAAUCGGUCCGAGGUUUUUUAGCAUGUCAGCAUGGGGAACAUCCAUGAUACUCGCAUAUGAAUAUCUGAAACGGAUCUGCGCUCAAGAUUUGUAGAUUAUUCUUCACCAACAACCUGCUUCCGUAGACGGUGUUUGUUCAAUUACUAUUCGAUACUUUUGUGGUUCUUAUUUGUCAAGAUGCAUUUAUACAGAUACAGAAAUAGUGUCAGAUGGCACGAGGCUCUCUCGGUUUACAUGACGAGUAGAAACUAGAUCACAUAAAAUCAAAUGUAUGAUUCGUACAUUUCAUUCUUUUAACCAUUUUUGACUUGCUAGAAUUGAAUUCAUUCAAGGCUGUAUUUUUGUAAUCUCACUUUGGAACAUCAAUAUUAAUAGAUGUUUCUUGAUUUUUUUAGACA